AUGAUGAAUUGCUCGAGUUUGCAAUUCAAAUGUGACGUUGGAUCGUGCAUUGAUAUUGAUCAACGUUGUGAUGGCAGGGAACAAUGUUCAGAUGGCAGUGAUGAAGCCUACUGUGAAUCAAAAAAUAGAAGAGUGAUAUUGAUCUCACCUCAUGCAGUCCUUCUACCGGGCGACUCGAUUAGAAUAUCAGCGGAAGUAAAUGACGCUUUUUCACCUCACAAGGCUCGAUGGCUUCACAACGGCAAACCGAUAGAAUAUGAUGACCAAACAAUACGAUAUUACAAUACCUCAAUGAAGUAUUAUUUGCUGAUUGAUAAUAUUAGCAGUGAUAAUAGUGGCGUAUACGAGAUGGAUAUCGACGGUAUCACGGAAGCGAUUACUAUCAAUGUUUCAACAAAUGGCGGGAUUAUCAAAAAGCGAUGCUUCGAAAACAAUUGCACAG